AUGACCAAGACACAACGCAGCUCCCUCUGGGCCUACUUUAUCUCAGAUUCCGAAAAGAUUCCUCCCAAAGACCGUAUCUAUCUUAUUCCCUAUGACCCAGAAAACACUUUGGGGCACAUCAGGACUCAACUCGCAGCCGACACUGGACGUCCACUUCCUAAAACGUCCUUCUUUCUAUACAAGCCGACGGCACCCACUCAUGCGGAUCCUUCAGACACUGUCUCCGAGCGGGUCGAGAGUUUAUUCAUCAGUGGUUCUGUCCAGGAGUUAACAGGCACAACGACUCGCGUAGAAACGAUUUGGAGUCCCAAGCUGCAACCGGAGGAGGAACCGGGGGUGAUCUAUAUCGACAUCUUAUUGAUCAGCAUACAAGACCUCGAAGAUAUCAAGCCAAUUGCCGAUCUUCCUAACGAUCUUCAUCCACGCCGCAAUGCGAUAAAAGCUCGCUCCAAGAUCUUGGAUGGUCCUAUCGGUGUCUCGCCGUCUCAAGCAGCAGACAAUCCACAGAAGUACUUCGAUGACUCCAGAAUUAUAGCGGGUCGCCCAAUGGACCAUUACGGUCUCCCUACGACGCUAUAUAGCCCACAACUCGCUAGAAUCACAGAGAAGUUUAGGAACAUUGAGAGAAUUGAAGUGACAGAAGAAAUUGUCCGGCAAGCUAAAGAACUAGUUUACAUUGGCACCAAGCUCUAUCACGAUGAAAAGGGUCGAGAAAUUGAUCUGAAGGAACCCUUGGAGGAUAUUUUUGGGCGCGCAGAGUGGCAGAAGGGGGUCAAUGGAAAGCGUGCAUAUCCUGGCGCCGUUUGGGGCUUGUCCAUGGUUUAUGAGGGCAAGAAUGAGAAGGGGUUGAAAGGAAAUGCGCAACUGCAGGGACUUGUCUCCCGUCUGCACAUUAUUCAAGACUCUAAACGGGAAGGAAUGUACCUCGCCUCCAAUUUCCCCUGUAUCAACAUUAGCAUCUCGAGUACAUCUUUCGAGGUUUGCCUCACAGUGAUGACCCAUGCACUUCUAGUUGACGAUGUCUUCAAAAUGGACAUCCGCGGUGGUCCGCACUUGGACAAGGAUAUCCUCAUGGUCGCUCGUGCUUUGACAAUUCUGGCUGAUGGCCUUCAAGACUUGGAGAAAUAUUACAACGAUGUUCAAAUCCAGGGUGACAAGCGUGCCGAUUACCUUUUCCCCUCUCCUAUAUGCCAAGACACCCUCAAACCGCCAACCUAUGGGCCAUUGACAUUCUUGGAGAGGCUCUCUCCGUCGGACAUCUUCGCUGUUCCUGAUGCCAUACGCCCCGACGUCGUACAGAAGCAGAGCACCGCUGAUCAGUUCAAGUACUCGAUGCGCCUCUUCCGUGCUAUGAUGCCCGAUAAAACUGUCGUCAUCAUUAAAUUCACGCCAACCUACAAUCCGGACGCUCAUGAGUUGUUGGCGGCCGAGGGGCUCGCACCGAAACUUCUGCAUUGCACGAAGAUCGUUAACGAUCGGUGGAUGAUCGUGAUGGAGUACUUGGAUCAAGCCCAGAAUGCAUAUACCUAUCUUCUCAACAGCCCAACACUAUCGCUUCCACAUUCAGUUUACGAUGACGUCAAAACCGCACUCAAGAAGCUGCAUGAGAAGAACAUCGUAUUCGGUGAUGUUCGCGUUCAAAAUAUCAUGGUGGCAGCGGACAAGAAACGUGUGGAUCGUGUACGAGGAUACCUCAUUGACUUUGAUUGGUGCGGUGCCGACGGAGAGGCCCGAUACCCAAUAACGAUGUCUAACCUCAAGGUCUACGAGGAAACUGGAAUGCAUGCAUAUGGGAAAAUGCACAUGUACCAUGACAGAGAGUUAUUGGAGCGUCUGACAGACCUUUUCGAUGCAGCCUAG